AACAAACAGUCGAACAGACAACUGAAUAUAUGCGUAUAUUUCAUUUUUCGCCUUAGACUGAAAUGUUUAGUGAAUUUUAGGCUUGUAUAUGUCUAAGCUGAAUUUUAAUAUUCGCCUCGAUAGUAUUUUUGUAAUAAUGGAUAUUUGGACGGUUCUUUGGAGUAUUUUAGUUUUUAUAACUGUGUAUAUUUAUUAUCAAUCUGGCAAAGUGAAGUUUUUUGAAAAACAUGGAAUUCCACAUAUUAAACCAUGGCCACUGUUGGGAAAUGUGGGCGCAUUAUUGUUUCGAAGAAUUUCAAUGUUUCAUUACAUGCAAAAUGUGUAUAAUCUAAAUAAAGAUGCUAAAUACGUUGGUUUUUAUGACUUUGGUAGUCCAACUGUAGUUAUACGUGAUCCAGAACUAAUUAAAUCAAUUGCUAUAAAAAAUUUUGAUCAUUUUGUUAAUCAUCGUUCUUUUGUUAAUCCCGAAGUAGAGCCACUUUUUGGUAACAAUCUUUUUUCAUUACACGAUGAUAGGUGGCGAGAAAUAAGAAAUCUUCUUACUCCUGCCUUUACAUCAAGUAAAAUGAAAGGAAUGUUUAAAUUAAUGUCAAAUUGUGCUGAAAAUUUUGUUGACUACCUUGUGAAAGAUUCAAAAGAAAAACCACUUGAAAUAUUUUCGAAAGAUGCAUUUUGUCGUUAUACAAAUGAUGUUAUAGCAACUUGUGCAUUUGGAAUAUCAAUAAAUUCAAUGAAAGAUAAAACUAAUGAUUUUUAUGUACUUGGUAGAAAGGCUACAAACUUUGAAGGAUUAAUGUCCGUAAAAUUUUUCUUUGUUCGGAGUUUUCCAAAUUUCUCAAGAUUAUUCAACAUAAGAAUAAUUGAUAGUAGAGCAGAUGGAUUUUUCAAAAAAAUUGUAGAAGAUACAGUACGUACAAGAGAUGAAAAAGGAAUCACAAGACCAGACAUGAUUCAAUUGAUGAUGGAGACAAGAGCCAAUAAGACUGGACCAACUCUUUCGAUAGGAGAUAUGACAUCACAAGCUUUCAUCUUCUUUUUUGGGGGCUUUGAUACGACAUCAAGCCUCAUGUCAUUCGUUGUUCACGAAGUCGCUGCUAAUCCUGAGAUUCAAACAAAGCUUCAAACCGAAAUUGAUGAAAUGUUUGAAAGAACAAAUGGGGAUGUAACAUAUGAAGCUGUAAAUAGACUUGCAUAUCUUGAUGCAGUCAUUAACGAAACACUUAGAUACUAUCCGAUUGCUGGAUUUCUUGACAGAGUUUGUUCGAAAAGUUUUGAAUUACCUCCAACAUUGCCAGGAGCAAAACCACACCGUCUUGAACCUGGUGAUUUUCUAUGGUUUCCAGUCUUUGCCAUUCAAAGAGAUCCAGUAUAUUUUGAUGAACCUGAAAAAUUUUAUCCAGAUAGAUUUAUUGAAGACCCAAAAGGCACUCUGAAUUCUCCAGCAUACAUGCCGUUUGGUUUAGGUCCAAGAAUGUGUAUUGGAAAUCGAUUUGCAUUAUUAGAGACUAAAGUACUAUUAGUGCAUCUUGUUUCUAAAUGUCAACUCAAACCAGGUAAAAAAAUGAAUGUGCCACUUGAACUCAGCAAGAGUAUUUUAGCAAUGACCGCUAAAGGAGGGUUUUACCUGGAAAUUCAACCAAGAAAAAGCCAGGAAAAAAAUUCGUGAUUGUCUAUGGAAGAUCGUUGAAGAUGUCACUUUUGCAGUCUAUAUCUACGACUAUAAUACUUAUAUAUAUAAUAUAUCGCUGACGAUCUUUAAUGAAGUCCAUCUAUCGACAACCAUAUAACAUAAUACAAAUAUAUAUAUAUAUAUAUAUAUUACAUCUGAACUAAAUUUGUGUAACAGCUAAUAAUUUUCUUGCAAUAUUGUAUAAAAGUGUUUUAUUGAUACCGUAGAUAUUCCCAUAUUUCAUAUUCUGCAUUAGGCACGAUUUUGACCUCCAAAUAUUAUCGUUAUUUUUACAUUAAAUUUUCAUUUAUAUAUGUUAAAAGUUAAUUUAACAAACAAAAACUUGUAAAGUUAUGUAUAACAAACAAAAUUUGUAUAAACAUUUUACAAAUUUAUUAUUUCGAAAAUUCUAUUAUAUUUCAAUGUAUACACAAUUUAAGUUGCAUAUCUAUAAAUCAAAACAACUUAAUAGAUAUUAAACACAAUUUUUUGUAGAUAUGAUUCGAAUCAAUAUAGAGAUUUAACA